CACAUUCUAGCUAUUCAACAAGCUACCUAGCUUCUAACACUUGUAAGCUAUAGCUAGCUGAUAGCAUGGCGCCAUCCAAGCUUGCCCUGUUCCUCGCCCUGACGACAGUCCUCGCCUUCGCGGCGGACGUCGUCCAUGGCUGCGCGCCGUACUGUCCUACCACUACACCGCCGGUCGUUCCUCCGCCGCCAGUCGUGCCGACGCCGUCCGGUGGUGGUGGAUCUUGCCCGAUCAACGCGCUGAAGCUGCAGGUGUGCGCUAACGUGCUGAACCUACUGAAGCUCAACAUCCCUGGGUUGGGGAACGACCAGUGCUGCCCGCUGCUGCAGGGGCUCGUCGACCUUGACGCCGCCGUCUGCCUCUGCACCGCCAUCAAGGCCAACAUCCUCGGCAUCAACCUCAAUGUGCCCAUCGACCUGAGCCUCCUCCUCAACCACUGUGGCAAGGUCUGCCCUGCAGACUUCACCUGCCCCCUUUAAGUGACUGGUUGAUGAAACAACCUACAAUACGUCCAGGCAUCAUCUGAUCAUGUCUCGAUCUCCUUGUACUCAACCUGUGUUGCAAGUCUGUGUUGGUUUUGCAUCUGCAUGCAUGCAUAUGGUCUCUUUCUCUUUGGGUCCGGGUUAUCGCUCGGGUGAGCUCUGUGCAAACUGUCCGUUGUUGUCGUUCAUACAAACAUAUAUCUGUAACUUGGAAUAUGUGAAAUAAAAGUCUAUACAAGUUGUGCCCACUCGAGGUGUAACGUGGCUUA